GGCGCCAUGAAGGUCACGUGGCCACGUCUUCUGAGAGGACCCACGAUGCAGCGCUUGACGCUCGCCGGCAUCUGCGCCUACAUGCUCGCGGCCACGACCUUCUUCUUGCUUCACCGCCAGUACACAGCGACCACCCGUCACAGCCAUGCAUCGAGCCAUACGCCACUGCGGCACGCCGACUGCAGCUACCAGACGCCGGCGUUUGCCGAGCAGUACGAAGCCAUCUAUGCGAGCGCGCCGUCGCCGCCCAUGUCGCUCCAAGCCCUCCGACGCCACUCGGACGCGCAGACGCACCGAUCGUGGUCUAACUGUCUGCCCAUGCGCACGGUGGUCUGCGGCGUCAACGCGGGCUCGCAAGACUCGCUCUUCACCCAGUCGCCGCCGUGCCGGUCCGCCGUCUUGCACCAUCUCGUCGUCGCGACCGCCGCCGCCAUCGAAGACCAAGGCCAUGCAGCCAUGCCGAUUGGCACAGGGCUGCAGCACCUCUGGGAACACGGCGCGCUGCCACCCAACGCCACCAGCAUUGAUAUGCUCACGGACGCCUCGAGUGAUCUCGCCGCGUGGUUUUGGGCCCGCGGAUUUGCCCACUUUGUUGAUGAGAAGAGCGGCCAUGCGAUCACGUGCAUGGCCCCCCACCACACGCUCGCGACUCUUCUCUACGCGGAAGAUGCAGCAAAAGCGGUGCCGCCACCGCACUUGCGCUGGUCGACGCUGCAUACGGUCAAGGACCAGCUGCUCGUUGGAUCGCAGACGGAGCAUGCGUAUCGACGCGCGCAGCUGUCGCCGUUGACGUGCUUGCCGCUGUACGGUGCGUCGAUCACGGCACCGGCGCACCCCGCAACCUUCUUUACGGCGGCGCAAGGCAUGCGACACCACGACGAUGUCGACGUCAAGGGGCCUCGGCCUCACUGCGAAGCGCUCUGUGACGAUGAUGUGCUGUACAGCCUUCGCGAUGACAAGGCCAAUGUGCCCCACUGUCCUCUGCGCGACGACGCAGAGUACAACACGCGAUUGGCCAAGUACUUGGACCGUCCGUUGCCGCUGCAGCUCGAUGAAGUACACCUGCCGUACAUUGCGCCGUUUAGCAACAUAACCAAGCUUCGCGAAGGAAAAGCGUGGGAGUAUUGUCUUCCGAUGAAGCCGCAGCAGUGUGGCGCGCGGCGCGGGCUCAAGACGACGCUCUUUGAGACGCCGCAAAGCAAGCCGUGCCGGUCGGCCGUGCUGCAGCUGCUGCUGGAAAACAUGCUCGAGGUCGUCGAGGAGCUCAGUCUUCCGUCGUUUGUCUAUUAUGGCACCCUACUUGGCGCGUGGCGUGACCAAGCCAUCAUCCCGCACACGCCUGAUAUUGAUAUCGUCCUGCCGUCCAACACGGACUGGGCCAAAGUCCAGGAUGUCAUGUGGGCGCGCGGCUUUUACGUGUUUAAACGUGAUAUCCACGGCGCCUGCGUCGCGUCGCACCACCCGCUCGCAUCGCUUUUGUACGCGCCCAAGCAUACGCUGGUGACGACGACCAAGUCGGAGCACGGAACACCGUACUUGGACUUGUACAUGUGGCGGCGCGUCAAGGACCGCAAGAUCCACGUCGAGACGGCCCAAGCCGACCUGCCCGUGCCCUACAUGUUUCCGCUCACGUGCCACGAGACGAUCUUUGGCAACCACGUGCCCGGAAUUCAGUUUCCCGAAGCCAUGUUUCGGAGUGAGUAUGGAUCGACAUACGCAUCGGACCCGAGACUGCACUUGGCGUCGUGCGAGGCGUACUGCGACUACCAAUUACUGGACAAUGCGACCGUAACCAGCGGCAAGUAGAUGUUCGCAACGUGGC